CUCUCAAUCAUUGUGGCAAUAUCAAUCGAGGGGAUGUCUCUUCUUCUUCCCCUCCUAUUUCUGUGGGGCCUGACUGCACCAGUGGAGUCUAUUCUAAACCCACAGAAACUCCAAAAUAUCUGGACAUACAUCAGCAACACGUAUCCAAACAUGAUGAAUGGGAAUAAUCCCAUGUAUGCUGUGGCCCUCUCCAUCAGUAAUGAUGACUGUAACGGAGACAUUGACCUGCAGACGAUUCUCACCGGAAAUGGCAAUAACAUCAAGGACAAGCUGGAGAAAGACAUCAUGAACAAGCUGGAGAAAGACAUCAAGGACAAGCUGAAGAAAGACAUCAAGGACAAGCUGGAGAAAGACAUCAAGGACAAGCUGGAGAAAGAAGGCGGGAUGUACAUUGGGGAUAGGCUGAUGAUCGCACGGCCGCUCGAGAACAUAGAGCAUGCAGAACACCGCCUGCUGACUCAGCUCAAGAAAAAGAAAUGGGACACUAACUCCUGUGUCGUCUUCUUUGUCAAGGAUUCCCCCUGUACGGAGAAGUGCUUGAAUGAGCAGAAGAACAAUUACAACAUCCUGGAGCUGCUGGAGACCUUCAAAGAGUGGGGGAAAGACAAAAAAGCUUUCCUCUUCCAGGACAUCUACUACCAAGACCUGGACAAUCGUAAACAACAAGAACUACAAAAACAAAUCAAAGACCUUCGAGAUCAGGAGUUCAGUGAAACUGUAAUCAAACAAAGGCUGAAUGUCCAUGACAUUCCACCUACCCCGCCAACACGAAGCCAACUGCUCAGUGCCUUCCAGAGGAUAGAGGAGCAUGUGCCAUUGUAUCGUUGCAACACAUACACCACAAAAGGCUGCAUCCGCUGUCUGAAUGAUGAGAUAUCUCUGAAUAAUAACGAGUGCUUGUAUGGGAUGGCGGAAGAGACAGAGAGUGAUGCAUCAUUUCACCAGAGCAGCAGUUCCCAAACAGGGAGUAAAAGAAGUCACAGCCAAAGCAGCACAAAUAACCCAAAUGAAAAAAACAGGAAAAUGUCUAAAAAGGGUGUUUGAUGCUGAAUGGGCAAAACAUUGCCCCCCCCCCCCACAUGUGUUUUAAAGGGGGCACUGAUGACCUGCUCCCACACAAUAACAGCGGUAAACACAUUCAGUUGUUACUUGUCUGCUGAUAGGGUAGCAGAUCCUGUUUGUUCAUUGUUUACAGUUACAUUUAAGGAGAGGGUUGGGCUUAAGUCUGACCCUUAACCCCUAACCCUUCACCUUGUACCCUAAACAAUGAAUACACUUCUACCCUAUGAACAGAUCAGUAUCCAAUGUGUACUUGUGUUGUUAUUAGCUCCCCCUUUAAAAUAACACGGGACCCCCGUGCACCUGCAGUCAACACUCUCCAAACUGCCAAUGUAAAC